GUCGUGUUUGAUCAUGUCUGACAGAAGUAAAUACGCGAUUGGGUUGAGAUGCUACUGCAAACCUUCCCAUACUUUGUCUGCUUGGACUACGAAAGACAGGGUCGUAGGAACAGGGAGGUGAUGAUAUGCAGACGCAAAGUCAGGCGCCGAUCGCCAAGGACCCCAAGGGUUGCGUCUCUUAACAUUGUCGAUAUCGAAUAUGGGGGAUUUGACAUCCGACAAUCGGAUUCUUGAAUUGGUCUUUUUUCCAAUCAAUGGCUUUGCUAUGCCAUUAGGCUUUCUGGCAUCUCCGUCUUGGCUGAAGUCGCGAUCUGAAGCGCCCUCACCCGCCACCCGCGCGCAUAUCGUCGAAGGCAAAAAAAAGGUUGGUAGAGAUAGAAAUGCCUGGCCAACAGCCUUUUACAUGUGUUGUUCUAUCCUCAAAAGUUGCCGAGUACAUUGCCGAAUAUUCACAAAUCAUCAUUUUUGCACUUCACUCGAUCUUUCCAUGGUGAGAUUACACAGCUGCGACAGGCUACCGAACACACGAGGAGAAACAGUUCCAACAUGCGGGCGUCUCGAUCGAAGUGAAGAAGGAUCCCUUGGGGUUGAAGCGGGAAGAUUGCGUAUCAAAUUUGCGAUGCUAUCAAAGCAAGCUCUGAAUGAUGCGUUGGCACUGCUAGCUUGCUUCAAAUACUUGAUCGGCAAGUGGUUUAGUUUUGGCCGUUGGUUCCAAUGGCAGUCGACGAUCUCGAGAAGGCGCCGUGUUGUUUUGCCGAUUAGAGUUGGGAGGCAAACAAACUCCAAAAAAACAGGCCGGCAUAAAUCCUCUGUUGUCGAUUGUCGGCAUGGUAUCUAUCACUAGGCAAUCGAAGGCAAAGUCUGGCCGAGGUGCGUUACCGUGAGGAAAAGUAGAGACCUUCGGUGAAGCGACCUCGGCCAGAGUUCUUCACCGAGGAACUCCCCCAUGAGAAGCCGCGACCAAUCACAACCGCCCACCGAGAAAACCCCUGAUUUAUGUCAAGCCUCAGGCCAAAAGCAUGCCCUAGCCUGGACC